AUGGAAAAAGAAAAAUUGAAAGAAAAUGAAAAGAAAAAUAAUGAAAGAUUAAAAAAACAUUCAAAAUUAAUCAUGCCAAUAUUAACACCUGCAUAUCCACAACAGUCAAGUGCUUUUAAUGUUAAUUAUUCAACAAUGAAAAUAAUUAAACAAACAAUUAUUGAAGGAUUAAAAGGAAUAAGACAAAUCCAUCGCCAAACAUCCACCAAUUUUAACGAAGGAUUGAAACAAUGGAUUAAAGGAGUUGACUUUGUUGAUAAAUACAAUCAUUUUGUAACAAUUAUUUGUGUUGGAAUUGAUAAAAAUAUUGGAGAAGAUUUUUGUAAUUUUGUAAAAAAUCGAAUUAGAGUUGAAUUAGUUUUGUCAUUAGAAGAAUAUCCAAAAUUAGAAUAUUCACAUAUUUCACCAAAUAAAUCAAAAAAAGGAAAAUGUGAAAAAAGAUUAAUUGCCGGGAAAAAAUUUAAAAAAUUUUGGGAAGACAAUUGGUGUAAACAAUGGAUUGUUGGUUUAAAUAUGCCUGAAUUAUUUAAUUAUUCGAAUAAGGAAAAAAUAUCUUUAAAUUAUUAUUUUUUAAAGUUUAUUAAAAAAAUUAAAGGAAAAUAUAUUAAGCAUAGAAAAAUUGAAAGAACUAAUGUGGCUAUUCAUUUACGUUAUACUGAUAUUCACGAAGCUAAGAAGUUUUGGGGAGAUAAUUAA